CCGCACUGGCUGGAAGGUAAGCGAGGGGGGAGAGGAAUGCUCGUGUCCGCCGUGUGUGCUUGGUCGCAGAUCCUCGAAAUGAGGAUGACUUCGACAAGCCAAAACCUUGCCGUGGCUAGAUCUAGCUCUGCCUCUCAGCUGAGUCGCAUCUCCUGCACGCGUCUGACAUCAGCUUCUCUGUUGCCCAGUGGUCCUAGGGCUGUACCCUCUUCUCUCCCCGGGAUCAAGGCGUGCACUCCGCGCGGACAAAAGGCGCUCUUGCCGCGGUGCGCUCGCCUGAGAGGCUGGCGUCGCCCUUCCCCGAUACAAGCCUGGCAGGUGAACCGACGACCGCCAUUCACGAUGCCGCCACACAGGAAUAUGGGCUGGAGGAAACCCGUCCCCAAGUUCAUCCCUGAGACUGUUCCUCUCUCUCGGUUCAGUUCCACGUCAUUCAAAAGGAUGUCCUUCUCCCAGCUCAAUAAGGACAUGCCGCCGUUACCGGAUAAUGGGCUGCUCAAGCUGGGAAGCUCUCUGAGCAAAGCAAAGCGUCAAGGUUUCGUCCUCAACGACCAGAUCGACCCACGGUGGUACGAGCAGUAUCGAUCACACCCAGUGUCAUUCCCUACUGUAGAGGAGCAACCUUCCAGCAUGACCUCUGUUCCCUCCUCUCAACGUCUAGCACGCAAGAACGGAGCGAGACAACACACAGCACGCCUCGAGUUGUGCGACACAAGCGUUCCGAGUUGCCUCAAGUAUGCCAGCAGCUUCCUGUCCCGUCGCCAUGUUCCGUUGACCACAUCGCCGAUCAGCACUAUCGACCACCGACUCCGCCCUUGAGACGGGAGCACCCCGAGCGCCGGCCACGUUCCGGCUACAGGGUAGCACAGCAAGCAGAGCAACGGCUACCACACGACAGCCACGACGAGCCCACGGCAAAAAUAGAGACCUUCAUACAGUCGUCCGCAUUCCCUACCCCUAUGAUUCAGGUUCUCCCCCCAAUGCGCACGCCCAAACCGUUUCGAAAUGCACACACCCAUUCCC